UUGCUGUCAAAGAAUAGUUUGUUUCGAAUUUCCAGAGAGUUAAGUGAUUCGCGAACGUAUGUAAGAAAUCAGUACCUACUAAAAUAUAGUCGAAUCUUGAAGUAAAUAAUAACUUCACUGAACUCUAUGUGAAAUAUAAAGUCCACUUUUAUUUAGAAACAUGCACAGACACACAGCAAUUUAUUGAUACUCUAUUUGAGAGAUAGAAAUGCUGUUUUGAAUUCGCUUUAAGUAAUCACUUUCAAGGGUGCUAAUAAGUAGAUAUAAUUAAUAAAUCGAUGGUAUUGUAAACAGUUUCAAGGAAGUCUUAAAUAAAUUAAAUUAAAAAUAAUCUCUCUCCGUUAAAAGUGAAUUUAGUAAUCAGUGAUCAAUUCUUAAACUAAUUGUACAAAAACGUUUCUGCUAAAUUUUAAAAUUUCGACCGUUCGUGUUUAACCGCUGGAAAUUGCAGCUUUUCAACGGAGGACAAAAUCAUACUUUUAAUAACCAGCCCCUAACUCCAUAAUGACUCCUAAAAAGUUGGAAAUGAGCUCUUAUAUUAUUACACAUUCUAUAAGAAAACAAUGGUGUUGCUAAUGUCAUUUAUUUUAAGUAUAAUAGCGUAUGUGUUGGCUUUUAUCACAACAGAGGCAGCAACAACCUCUUUGGGCUUUAUUGAUCAAAUUUUUAUAGAUGUCACCACACUUGAAGGUGAAAUUCAGUUGCAUAUCAAUUGGAAUGACACAAUUGUAGAAGAUUGGAACUAUAAUGUUUUUGUUAAACCUACAAAUAUAUCCGAUUGCUUACCCACAUCGUGUCACCAAAUGAGUAUUUCAAAGGCUACGAAACAAGCAGUACUGCCCAAUGAAGUCUCACCAUUGUUAGAUAUCAAGGAAUGUGUCAUAUUACCCGGAUGUUCAUAUGACGUCAAAGUUGAAUCGUCUAAUGGAAAAAUUUUUAAAACCAAACAUAUAGACAUACCUUAUUGCGUUAAUGAUGUAUGUUCAUGUCAACAUAUUUCUGUUUGGCCAAAAAUAAACAUCACUUCGAAAAUAACAGAAAACAAUACAGUGGAAGCCAGCUGGACAAUAUGGAUACCUAUGGACAAAAAUACCUCGAGUUUGUUUGAGGAAUUUCAGUUGGAUAAAAUUUACAUCAGUAUUAGUCAACAGACAAACCCAUCUUUGACAUGGGGUGGGAAGCACAUAUUUGUCGAAGAAAAAAUGUAUGGCAUCACCGAAAGCGCCAUUUCAAUGGCUUUUGAUUCAAUAGAAGGAAAAGCACUUUUCCAAACAUCGGAACAACUUAAUCCGAAUUCUUUGUAUCAAAUAAGAGCACAUCUUAUUGACAAACAAAAUUGCACUGGGCCAAUAGAACAUUUUAUAAUAAAAAUGCCUCAACAUGUUUCAGGAUUAAAAGGGAUAGAUAACCACUUAAAUAUGAAAGUUGGCAUCAUAAUUGUUUGUUUCUUAUCCAUCUGCAGUUUAACCUUAAUGUUAAUGGUUUGCAUAAGACGUCGAAGUACAAAAAGCUGCAAAAAUGUUCCAAGAGUUAUGUUUUCUCAUUAUGGGAAGAACUUUACACCAGAAACAAUGGAAGAUAAUAUACUAUAUGUGGACAAAGAUGUAGUGGAUGCCCAAUAUAAUGGAUUGGCGGAUAUUUUUGAAGUGCCUCAUUCGGCUGUGUGCAUUGGUCAAGAAAUUGGUGUAGGAGCAUUUGGGCGAGUGUUCAAAGCAACUGCGAGAAAUCUGUUGCGUAUGAGGGGAACAACCAUUGUUGCAGUAAAACAACUUAAAACCAAUCCAACAUCGGAAGAAAUUCAAGAAUUUUUAACAGAAAUCAAUAUGCUGAAAGAAGUAGGACGACAUCAUAAUAUUGUUUCAUUUUUGGGAUGCUGUACAAUACGAGCACCCUAUAUGAUGAUAAUGGAAUACGUGGGACGAGGGGAUUUACUGGAUUAUCUCCGGACAGUUCGAAAUCGUGUAUCAUUAAAGCAGCUAAACCAAAAAUACUCAGAAGGCCAUAACGACAAAAUCAACGAAAAUAUGUCAAAACAAGUUAAAUACAUAGAACUUAAACGCACCUCUACUUCACAUUCCCAACAGUCCUUUGUUUCAGAUGAGGCGGAAGUUAAUCUUCGUCCAUCUGUAACUGAAACCAUGUAUACUACUCUAAGUGAAAAGUACAAAUCGAUGAACGAUGAAGAAGAGUUUACAUUUGAGUAUAUCCUUGAUCAUGCGGAAUUACAUAAUUUUGCUCUUCAAAUUGCGAAAGGAAUGCAAUUUUUGGAAGAACAACAAAUAACACACAGGGAUUUGGCUGCGCGCAAUGUUCUUGUUGACGAUAGAAAAACAUUGAAAAUUUCAGAUUUUGGACUUUCAAGACAUGGCAUUUAUACAAACACCAAAACGCGAAAGUUGCCCUUACGAUGGCUCUCUAUUGAAGCAAUACGUGACAACCUAUAUUCUAGUAAAAGCGAUGUAUGGGCUUUUGGUGUAGUUCUCUGGGAAAUUGGAACAUUAGGUGCUUCUCCCUACCCUACUUUAAGCAACAAUGAGCUGAUUCCAUUUUUGUUGUCUGGACAACGUCUUGAAAAACCAGAAAUAUGUAGCGAUAAGGUAUAUGAACUGAUGUUGCACUGUUGGCAUGAAGAUCCUAUUAUCCGUCCUUCAUUUUCCGACAUAUAUGCGGAGCUACAACCUAAGACCAUUUAUGUCGAUAUAAGUAGUAUAAGCGAUGAUUAUGUUUUCCCACCGAUACAAGAUAAUAUUUGAUUUAUUUUACAAUGGGAAAGCUAAUUUCAUUUGAUUCAUACAUUUAAUAAAUUUUUGUAAAUAUGUAAAUAUAAAAUAUGUGAUUGUAAAAAUAUUAUACUGAAUGUACUUUGU